UUCUUUGCUCGAUAUAAUUUCUCCAGAUGUAAAUUUCUCCAUUUCUACACCGAUGUAAUUUCUCCAGUUUACACUAAUGCAAUUUCUCCAGUUCUACGCCGGCGCGAUUUCUUCAGUUUUACGUCAUAA